AUGAGGUGCGUGUCAACAGAAAGGCAAUUUUUGGCGGAUUUCGUAGCCGGAGCGGAGAGUACUGCUGGUGGUCGUUUAGCGAGGUGGUUGGCGCCGACCCCUCGUGUUGAGCCUUCCAACUGCGAUCUCAAAGCACCAGCAUCGAUCGUCCUACCGUCAACUCGGGUCAACUUACCUGUUCUCGUUAGGGAUCAAUAUGGCGAUAUUGUUACUUCGUCUGCUGUAAAAAUUGAGGUAAUAGUUCAGAAUUUGGCCAUGUCUCUCCGGAUAAACCGACCGACAGAAGCUGAACAAGAAGGAGGCAUUCCGAACAUCCGUUAUAGUCCCACCAUUAGAGAAACUAUGCGUUUCCAGACGAUCACCAUGAUGAAAGCCUAUCAAGAUUAUUCUUUAGAAGAGCUUCGUUUCGCAAGUGGCCUUUGGGGCGAAUCUAAAUUAAAGGGAAUUGGAAUGUUAAAAGUACCAACUGAACGCAUUACAGUCAGACCUCAGACUGAUGGUUCGUACUCCGCUCUAUGGAUCCCUCGUGCUCCAGGAAAAUAUUUGUUCAGGUGUACGUUGGAUGACCAGCCCUCACCCAAGGAAGUCAUAAUAGAAGUACCAGAGAACGAGAACUUGGAAUCUGCAGAAUUAGCAUGCGGUGCUCCAUCAACUAGUGCUCCUACUAAGUUGAAACGUUUUAUGGCCCAAUGUAGCGCAGGUCUUCGCGUUCGUGCCAGCCCUAGUCUUCAAGCCGAAGAAUUAGGAAGGGUACCACCGGGUGCUUAUGUGGCUUAUAUAGAAGAGGUGACUAACAAAGAUGGGACUUGGGUUCGUUUAAGCAAUGACUCCGUGCAGGCGUAUGUUGAAGGAAACGUAGACGUGGCAUGGUGUUUACAAUACCACAGGCAGUUGGAUCGCACACUCUUGGGGCCCGUCGAAGACGAACCGCAUACACCACCAGAAGAAGGUGUGGCUGGUUGGAGUCGAUUUGAAGCGCAAACUGAAUUACCUAUGUGGCCUUUAAAUGACGACACUGAAUCGGCUGAUACUGAUUUGAACACUGACGAAAGACCAUUUCCGUUCUCGAUUCAGUGUGAUCUUGGUGAUGAAGAUGAAAAGUCAAGUCUUGGUAUACCAGAGCCAAGUAAAUUUGAGAGAAAAAUGAGGAAGGAAGCGGCCGCUGCCUUAGCUGCACCUGCUCGAAUCCCGGAACCUCGUCGUAAUAAUGGCAACGGAGAUGGUGAUGACGAAGAUCCCGUUCAGCCUAUUAUUCAACAAGCUGUGAAUGAAAAAGAUGUUGCUAACAUCAUAGCUGAUGCUAAUGACGCCAACAUAAUUAACGCAGCUGACGUUGUAGUCGCAGCUUUAGACGAAAGUGUGAAAAUUGCUAAUGAUUUCAGCGUGCAAGAUGAUUCCGUUAAACCACAGCCACCCCUGAAACCUGUAUACAAUGCAUUGGAUAUUGCUAAUGGAGCAGAUGAUAAUGCUAAAGAAAUUGUUGAUGUAAGCAAUAUUGUAGAGGCGGUGAAAAUAAGGAGGGCCUUGGAAGACUCGAACGCAGGCAACGCUGAAGCUGAGAAAGUACCUGAAUCGAAAAACGAUGAGAAAAAAGAAGACGAUAAGAAAUUAGCUCAAGCCGCUACUCAAACAUCUCCUGAAACAAGCGUGCAAGGUCAAAGUACAGAACAGCCAACCCCAAGUACUUCAAAGGUUGAAAAGGGAAAUCCUAUUCGGGAAAGGGUAGGAAGUAUAUCAAGUUUCAAAAGUCAGUCAUCGCCACCGCCUUUACCAGCUCGAACUAAACCAGCGCCCAUUAAGAAACAAGCACAAAGCCCAGCUCAAGCAGAAUGUUUACGAGCUAUUUUUGCUGCUUUACUGUGGCAUGAGGGCACAGUACACGAUGCUAUAGCAUGCGCAGCGUUCCUCAAGUUCCACCCACAGCUACCUAAAGCUGGAGCCGUCGUUGUGACACGAGGUACAGGUCAUGACUCGCCAAUACCAAAACCCCAGAGACAUUCUGUCGAAGUGUCUAAUGCAGGGCAAUAUCUACGUAUUAAUCCUUCUACUUUGGAGACAUUGACACGAUCCGGAACUGAAGCGAGCUCAAGUAGGGCUCGCAGAAGUGACGUCAUACGAGAAGAAGAUUCGCACUCGAAUAUGUUUGAAGCUGGUCCAUCAUCUUCGUCAUCACAACCGACUUCAGUAGUUAACGUGCUACCUCCGGCAUUGCGAGCUCUUGUUGCUCUGUGGGACUCUCUAUGCGAAGCUGAUCAACUUAACGCAGCUACAGAUAAGUUGAAAAAGGAAGAAAACAACGAUAAUGACGAAAUACGCCCACUUGGCGGGGCACUACGUAAGAAAAAUUGGAAGUAUGGGCCAUCGAUGAAAUUACCUUACAUGAUACGCUGUGAAUUAUGCGGCGGCACAAAUGUUUCGCCUCCGCUAGCAGCGCAUAUGCGCAACGCCCACCCCGGCUGUCGUACACCCACCACCCGUGGAUAUGAUCGUGCUGGAACCUAUAAACACGCUGAUCCUAUACCUUCGACCGCAGACAGUCCCGCGUCCGCUUGCGGUCAACUCGCUCAAGACCUUAUUGGUGUGAAAAUACGCGCUACGUUAGCAGCGUACCAGCUUUGGUACUUGUACUGCGAGAAGUGCCGAGAGAAGGCGCUUAAGGCUUCUAGUGCUAAGCCAAAGAAGACGGUUACCAUUGCUGACCCGAGCCGGCACGAAAGAAGCGAAGCAGAGAUUGACCAUUACACCAUGAAGGACAACGCCAUCUUUCUUCUGGAUUUGACGCCGCUAAAUACAUCAGAAGCCCCCAGCGUUUCACCAUGGCAAGACAUGUCAUGCCGAAGCCCACCAACCCCACCUGGGAGCUUGUGGCAGCCAGCACCACCGUUCCAAUGCCACACCGCUUUAGGUGUUGCUCCGAAAUCGAGUGCUGCUGAUGCUGCAAGAUACCAUUCCCUUGGCCGACCAUUGCCAGUUACAAACCUGAACAAUCCAUUCGUACCAAACGACAUGACAAGCUCUCAAUUGCCGCGUGUUCAUCGUUCAGUGUCGAUGGGCCAGGCCGGUGGGCGUGACUUGGCUCAUGCUGCUCGACCUCCGCUAGCCAAGUCUCAAGCUGACUCUCAAGAAACUCUCUCGGGUGCCGGUUCAUCCCUUCUAUCCCAGCCAAGUGCUGCAUUACAAAAACUAGUUGGCUGCGAUUGGACUACGGAAGGUGGAGGCGUCUCAGCUUUCACGACACCACGUGUUGACCCAGAAAAUUUGAUUCGAAAUCCAGUACUUUCAUUCAUAUUAGCAAAACGCGACUUACAAAACCACAAACAGAAGCUUGACGCGAUUGUAAGGAUAAAUACUGUUCGUCAAUAUGCAUUCGAGGCCCUAAAUUGGCUGUUACGUUCAACAACUCAACCCACCUGCGUCCAUGACGUGAUGUGGUGGUUCUGCAAUGCUCUCGAUUCUUACGCGCGAAUCGUACAACCACCUGAUCCUGCUGACGACAAUAAAGAGAAUGUAGCCAACAACGAUGCGAGCCGCAGUAUCAUUCCCACUGCAGCGACAUCAGCGCUUUGCCCCGGUGGUCGAGCGGCUCGCGGCGCACGCGCGGCUUUCCACGCAUUCCUCGGAUCGAUCAGUGCAUUGGCUCCAUCAUUGCCACCAGCUAGCGCUGCCAACCUUCAAGCAGUGCGAUGUUGGGAAUUGCACUAUUCGCAACAGGAUCGCACUUUUUUGCAUAGAUCGCAAGUAUUCAGUGUUAUAAGCAAGAUCUUGUCACACACUGAAGACGGCAGCUAUGAAGACGGAAUAUUGGGGGCUCUUCACGAAAGUUAUCAAAGCUUUAUAAAUAAGCAACAAAACUAUGUAUGGAGUUGUCCAGACGUGACCGGUUGGUGUACAAUAACGGUAUCCUCGCGCCAAGGGAUGGCUGGAGCUCUUACAGAUAAUACCACGGAGACCUUCUGGGAAUCCGGUGAUGAAGACAAGAAUAAGACCAAAUGGAUCCAGAUAGCAUACAACGGAGGGUCAGCGGAAGAUCGACCGCAUAUAGUGUGCGUUCAUAUUGAUAACACGAGGGAUACCGCUACUAAAACUCAAAUGGUUACGUUUUGGUACAGCGGGGGUCCAUCUGAGUUAUUGCAGAUGAUGGACGUCGAUGUUGAUACUAAGAAUGCACAUUGGGUCUGUUAUAUAUUGCCAAAGUCAUCAAGUCUAUCUGGUCGCGUUCGUUGCGAACUACGUGGACCUGAUCCAGCGGUGCGAGUCCGUCAAGUACGGGUUCUGAGCGGACCGCAACCUCAUCCCUCGUUACUGCCUCAAAAUCACCCUCUGUACUCUCUAACUGAGAAAGAUACACUGCGAGUGUUCCGUUUGUUGACGUCUCAAGUCUUCGGAAAGCUCUUAGAAUGGGAACAGACUGGCAGCGAUACUGAAGGUGUGGUUGCAGGUGAAAGUACGGGCGAUGAUAGUGAUCUUCGGGAGCAUGUUGUUGGUAUUCUAUUUGCAGGACACAAAUUGACUUCUCUUCAAAAACAGGUUAUGUCACACAUCGUGUGCGCGAUUGGAUGUGAAGCUUCAAGAGUACGUGACGACUGGGAAACAGCUUUGCUGUGCGCUGAAGCUGUAGACAGAACGGAUGAAGAAGCCCAACCGAGGCAGUCACAUCAGCAAGAUAAUUAUUGCUUUGAAAUGCUGUCCUUGCUAUUGGCGCUGAGUGGUAGCGUAGCUGGACGCUCACAUCUCGCGCAAAGAACCGAAUUAUUAACUGAUUUAUUAGCACUCCUCCAUACUGGUAGUGAACGAGUGCAGAGACAGGUCAUAUCUCUGUUACGGCGAAUGAUUUCGGAAAUCCCACCACAGAAGAUGUUGGCAGCACUCAACUAUGCGGUCGAUUUAGGUGCACGAUACGAGUCUAUAGUAACAUUGCUAGAUCAUUUGGUGUGCUACGUGGGCAAGGCAGUGACUAUCCAGGUGAAGGUGAAAGGCGCUAGUGGUUCUUCAUCCAACACAGUGACAAUGGGUAGCACCGUAACUCCUGCUCCGCCCGCCGCUUGGUUCAUGAGGGGAGAGACUACAAGGAAUCACGCGCAAAUCGUUGCAAGACUACUCAGUGACAUGGCCGAAGACAAAAUAUCACCGGCCUGGGGAACUGCGACUCGUAUGGCUCUAGCCGAGUACAUAAGAGCGAUAGCCAACGUAGAUGAGUUUGACAGGCGCCCUCAACGAUGCAUCGCGCAGCCUACAGUGUGGCUGGCUUUAGCUGCUCUAUGUGUCUGUGAACAAGAGCAUAUUGAACUGAUAAAUAACUCCGGUCGUGAUUCCCGCAACCGUGACUCUAUAGCUGACUCCCGUCAGUUCUGCGUGAACCAUGACGAUGGUAUAACCUCUGCUGUUAUAGAAUGUCGUACUUGUGGUACAUUGUGUACUGAGUGCGAUAGAUUCUUGCAUCUUAAUAGAACUGCGCGUACUCAUCAGAGACAGAUUUGCAAAGAAGAGGAAAGUGCUAUCCGCGUUGACAUACACGAAGGAUGCGGGCGUGCCAAGCUAUUCUGGCUCUUAUUACUAGUCGAUCGACGCACACUCAAAGGUUUAGCGGAGUUCCGUGGAAUGACUGAAUGCGAAACAACUGAAGGUACUUCGAGUGCGAACGGUCUAGCCGGGGUGUGUCGUUUCUGUGGCACACGAGGGAACUCUGGUCUUUUGGCUAUUGGCAAUGUUUGCGCUGAUCAGCAAUGUCAGGAGCACGGUCGCGAAGCAUGUUCCCGAAUAUUAUCCUGCGGGCACAUUUGCGGAGGCGUGCGUGGGGAGCGUACUUGUCUACCGUGUCUAUUUGGCUGCGUCGGCGCAGAUGCCCUCCGGCAGGAUGCUGAUGAUAUGUGCAUGAUUUGCUUCACCGAUCCACUACAGGCUGCUCCUGCUAUACAGCUAACUUGUGGUCAUGUCUUCCACCUACAUUGCUGCAGGAAAGUGCUUGCAAACAAAUGGAACGGGCCCCGUAUCACGUUUUCAUUUUCAAAGUGUCCUAUCUGUAAGGAUGACAUGGCACACUGGACGCUUGAGGAAUUGUUGGGACCGAUAAGGAAACUGCGUGAAGAAGUACGCCGCAAAGCGUUAAUGAGACUGGAGUAUGAAGGACUAUCUGCUGGUACUUCUAAGGGCAAGAGCGUCAUGGAUCCAGCGGGUUAUGCCAUGGAGAGAUAUGCUUACUAUGUCUGCUAUAAGUGUGGAAGGGCAUAUUUCGGCGGUCUGGCCCGAUGUGAAGCUGAAUGGAACGGAACCUGGGACCCCAAAGAGCUAGUAUGCGGUGCCUGCAGUGAUGUAGCUGGAGCCAGGACUUGCCCAAAACACGGAUCAGACUUUCUCGAGUACAAAUGCCGAUAUUGCUGUUCGGUCGCAGUGUUCUUCUGCUUCGGAACAUCUCAUUUCUGCAACGCUUGCCAUGAUGACUUUCAACGUGUCACCAACAUUCCAAGACACAUGCUACCACAGUGUCCAGCAGGUCCAAAAUGUGAGCAACUACCAGGAACAACAGAUGAAUGUCCUUUGCACGUCCUCCACCCACCGACUGGAGAAGAAUUUGCUCUUGGAUGUGGAGUAUGCAGAAAUGCACACGUAUUUUAA